CAGUUAUGGAAGAACAGAACACGAGCUUCGAUAGUGAACCUUCGUGGAAUGUGGCGCUUUUAGCCUUAUAAUCAAUCUAGAAGCUCCAACUAUAGUUUAGAUUUGAUUAUUCGUAGGAUGGGCAGAGUCCGAAUGGAGAGGCAGUAUGGUAGUCUUGUUGUUAAAAGAAGAAGAAGGAGAAGGCAAAGCCUGGAGCUUACAAAGGAGUGUUGCCAAUGCAGAUCAAGAGUCAGAACGGCAAAGAAAAUUUCCCCAAAGAAAGACACAAGAUUUGCUGAUUUGCCAGAGGAGAUUAUCUUGAAUAUUAUUUCAUACCUUUCUCUGAAAGACCUUCUUUCCAUUAGUCAGGUUUCCAAAUACUAUCACAAUAUAAUUGACCAGUCUCCUGUUACAUGGGCUAAAGUUUCAUUUCAAUCAAAGUGGCCAAAUUCAAAAAGCCUUAAAACUUUUGAAAGAGCUGCUGAGAGUGGAAAUAUUGAAUGUCUUGCAAAACUUGCUUUUGUUUCAUUGUAUAUUUAUAAUUUUAAAGCAGGUGUGAGAAAAUGUAUAAAGACGUCUUUAGAAAAUGCAACCAAAGCUGUAAACUACUUCACUAGAAUUGAUGAAAUAAUUGCACCAGAGCUUCCUGUCACUUGGAUGUUUAUAAGACCUCCUUGGGCAUACCCAGGUGGAGUUAGAAAGUGCCUGAAGGAAUGCAUGUUGAUCAAGAUAGAAGAGGGUUGCAACUCAGAUGAGGCAACCAGGCCAGCUCUAUACAAUGUUGGAAGAACAUACCUUUUAAAAGAAAAUACCCUGGACGAAAAGUCACAAGAGUUUUUCACAAAGGCAGCUAAUAUGGGAUGUUCAUUUUCCAAGUGGGAACUUUAUAAAGACCGAAUUGCAAAGAUCAGCAAUGAUGACGAUGCUGGUGUGAAGUUAGAAAAUAUGCGACAACUGCAAGACAUUGCAUCUAAAGGUCAUUUUGAUGCCACUAUUGAAUUGUGUAAGGAGUAUGCUCAACACCAGUAUGGAGAUGCAAACAGGAAAACAGCAGUGGCUUAUUUCAGAAAGGUAAUGCAACAGUGCAGUCCAUCGAAUGUUCACAGGAUGACAAUAACAACAAACUCGACCAUCAAUGAAAAUAUGAGGUGUAUUCUGGUCAACUGGAUGCACGAAGUCUGUGACGUCAAAAGCAUAGAUUCAGAGGCAUUGCAUAUGGCAGUGGAUUGCCUGGACAGGUAUCUGCUAAGAAGGACAGUCACGCGAAAACAGCUUCAGUUGAUAGGAAUUUCAUGCGUUGUGCUAGCCUCAAAGGCUUUCUCGAACUGUUCAUCUAGUCUUCUAACAAUAAGAGAGUCUGCAUGGCUAACGGACAGCACGUAUGAAUACAAUGAAGUUGUGAGAAUGCUUGCUGAGAUUAUUGGUGCGCUUUCUGGCCAGCUUGUAAGAAUGAACACGAAUCAUUAUGGAGAGAUAAUGAGCACGUUAGCAAAGCUUGAUGAAUACAACAAGUACUUCUUAAAUUAUGUACUGGACUCAUCUUUGCAAUUCUGCGACUUUGGAAGAUUCAAGCCAUCACUCAUUGCUGCUGCUGCGACAAUGCUUACAAAUAUUGUAAAUGGGUCAGCUGAUAUCUGGCCUGAUUACAUGAUGGAAUUCACUGGUUAUCAAGUUAAGGAUCUUGCCAACUGUGUUGGACUUUUGCUUUCAAGAUGUCUGUUGGAUAAGUCUGUGGUUGUUGAUGGGGAGCAUCAAAUUUCUGGUGCAAGAGAUAGGUACUCCAGUCCAAAGUUCAUGGAAGUUGCAAAGCGACCCAUACCGGACCUCACUGCUGUGCGUGCGUUUAUCGAAGAUCUUGAGCCAAGACUUUGUUGCACACAGGAAAACAACUUCUUGAUUUUUCAUUUUAAGGAAGAGAAAAACGUAUUGGACCCAAUAGGUAAUUUUUCAGCUAGCAGUAGCUUUCUAUGUGGUUACGACGGAGAUGAGGAAGAUAAUCAGUCACAAUCUACCGCCGAUAUUAGUCUGUUGAGCGUUAAAGACCAACAUAGGCCAUCGCUAGAUGAUUUCGUUCCAGAGGCCUUCUCCGAAGAGACAAACAAGUACAGUCCUAGAGAGAGUGACCUUGAAUAUGAAUCUAGUCUUGGAGUUCGUAAAAUAGAAUCGGACGGUUGUGUAUGUAGCCCUGUCAAAAAAGGUUUUUACGGAAGUGAAAACAAGGAAAUCGCAAUGGAAAAACUCUCCGCUGUCUUCAGCUCUGCCUGCUCAUGUUCAGCGGCGGUGUCGAGUAAGUUACGCAACGCAGAGAUAAGGAAAAGACCGCCAGUUGCUAAAGGCAAAUACGCCAUUCGCCUCAGAUCAUCAACCAAGAAAGGCAGGUCGACAGCAAACGAAUUCGACGAGAACUCUGACCGUGAACGGCGUAAAAGGCCGGCAAAUUGGCCUAUGCUUAAGGGCACAGAGCUCAAGGGAUCACUUAGGCCGAAAGUUGAUCGCAAAAAUGGGAGCAAAGAGCCUUGGAGGUAUUAGAGAAAAGCUGCAUUUGGAAAAAUGGUGCAAAUCAUGUCCAGAAAGCAUUCGUGCUUCAAUGAACAAGUUAAGUUCUUUUCUAGCAAGAAAAUGCAAGGCUUGGGACAUAAUCUGGUCUAAAUUUUAAUGAUGUAUUUUAAGCUAAACAAAAAAGGCAGAAAAAUCUGUGCAAAAGAACUUUAAAAGACGCUCCGUUCAAAUACAUAUUAGCACUGCUUUCUUCAAAGAAAAUUUUUUAUGUACAUUUCUAUUUCAUCAAUGAGCGAAAAAAACGUAAGCUCUUAGGAAGAAGCAGUUUUUACCUUACAAACAUGUUAAUUGUAAACAGUAAUAUAUGUCUGUCUUUACUAUAGUAUAAGCUGAAUAAUGAUUCGCCUGAUCUGUAAAUUAUCAUCUCAAAAAAAGAUUGAUAUUUGUAUCAUUUGUAGUGUGCUUACUUUUGUUUGUUUGUAGUAGAUGUUAUUCGCUGCUUGUAAAUCAUUUGAGCAGUUUGUUUAACUACAAUAGCUUUGCCUAGUCUUGUUGUCCUUCGAUAGAAGUUGGAGUUGUUGCCAUUUUUUAGGCGCAGUACAAUAAUCCCUAGAGAUAUGCCAGCCAGAUGCGUUCACUAAAGAUGUGCCAGGCGGAUGUUUUCAUAACUGAAUUCCCUAAUGACAUUCCCUAGCGACUUUGCCAGAACGUUUCAACAGAUGAUUGAAACUCAAUGUUCCCUUUAUAUUCGUGCAGGCGUCCAACUCAAGGCUUAAAAGUAGGCCCGUCUCUUUUGCAAGGGCUUCUCUCUUAUUAAAAGAAUCUCUGAGCCAUCAUUUGAAAAGGUUCCUGUCUCUGCAGACAGAGGAAGUUUCUGACGAACCCACUCCAAAGCUCUAAGGUUAGUGGAAAUAGUUUUGAGAGCUCUAGAACACGUGCAUUUAUACUUCGUUGAUUUUCGUCCACCCUACAUCAAAACGGUAUUGUCAUUUCGUUCAGUGUUUCCCUUAGUGUUUUUAUCUUAUAUCUUUUUAGCUACCUCGUCUUCUUCAUUUUUAAGUCUAUGGUUCAUUUACUUGUAAUAAAUCGUCGCGGUCUCGCAUCUGCAUCAAGAAACUUUUUAGGUCCAAGUUUGGAAACUUUGUAUAUUUGUAUAUUGUUCAUAGAAAAAGCUUGUUCUGCUUACUUCGCUUGAAAUUUAAGUAUCCUGUUUUUGUAAAUUCAUAUUUAUAAUAAACCUAUAACAACGUGA